AUGCGACUGUCCGGGCUGGCAAAGUCUUUUUAUGACGUCGCCUUCAAUUCAACCGUCCCCCCGGAUGUAGCCAGAUCUGAUCUAGUGCCGUUCACCGUUCAUGGAUUUGCACCUCGCGAUAUCACAGAUAAAGUGAGAAUGCCAGUGGACGAAAAGGAAAAGCUAGUCUCAGCCUCAUCUUCCAACUAUGGAAGUGGUGGCAUGCACUUGAAGACCUACACGGCUGGUGAAGAUAAUAGUAGAUUAAAGGAAAUGGCGAAACAAUUUGGUCUUGAGAAUCAGCGCCUCCCGAGGAACCAGGUUAGAGCCAGAGUGAAUACUCCUCUAUCAACCCUCACUGGCUUUUAUUACGAGCGCUUGUUGGACCCAGGAUUCGCUGAUGUUCGAAUGCGUGCAAUCUUUAGUGCACGUGCACAUUCGGAGCAAUCCUUUGACGAUGAAGGCAAGAUGCUCAUGGGACGAUUGCCAACUUGGAAGGAAGAUGAUGCAGGCGAAACACUAGAAGCUGCAGAUCCUCAUGCACAUGGAUUGGGAGGUGACAUGACUUCGGCCGUCUUGGGAAUCAUCAAGGGAAUGGUCGGUCCUGCAAUCCUUUAUUUGCCUCAUGGAUUUGCGAAUGCAGGGUAUGUGGCUUCCAUUCCAAUUUUAAUUAUUGCCACCAUUCUCUUUCUGAGCAGUAGCGCAUGCCUGUUGGACAGCUGGAAACAUGAAAGUUUGAAAGAAAAGCGCAGCUCAAAUACCUCCCGAAUCAUACUUUCAUACCCAGAAUUGGCCUACCGGGGCUUGGGUUAUUACGGAGAAACUGCGGUCAAGAUUGGAAUUGCCUUGAUGCAAAGUGGAGUUUGUCUUACGUACAUCAUUUUUGUCAGCCUAAAUCUUCAAACUUGCACCAACGUGAUAUGGGGUACCGAUCUUCCAGCUUCCUAUUUUACCAUUAUCAUGUUGCUCUUUCAGAUUCCCCUCAGUUGGAUUCGCGACAUUCGCAAAUUGACUCUGACAAACCUAAUUGCUAAUGUUUUGAUCCUCUACGGUUUGAUUGCCUGUCUCUCCUUUGCAUUUGAGGAAGCAGCCUCGUCGAAAGUGGGACGGCCGCCACUGGAAGAAAUAGCAUACAAAUUCCACAAUUUGGACGCUUUCAACUCGGGUUGGUUCUUGUUCAUUGGAACUAGCGUUCUCUUGUUUGAAGGUUCAAUCACGCUAUUGGUUCCGCUUCAGGAAGCGGUAUAUAGAGAGGAAGAUCGCGAAAGGUUCCCUGUUGUGUACCAGAGGGUCAUCCUUGGUAUCAUUGCGUUUUACACCUUUUUCGGUCUAACGUGCUGGAUGGCGUUUGGGGACGAUGUUCGUACUGUCAUGACUACAUCGUUGCCUUCUGGAACACUAGCAACAACAGUACAGCUGGCGUAUAGCUUUGCUGUCAUAUUUACUUUUCCGUUGCAAAACUUUCCAUCAUUGGAGAUAGCCUGUCGCUCUAUUGCAUCCUGCCUGGAAAGUACUUGCGGCGAAGGAAGCUCUUCUGGUAGCCAGAGAAAUGUGAUCGCCACCCUCCUUGUCUGUUUGCUGGGUGUCAUUGCUGCGAUGACGAUGGAAAGUCUGGAUAAGCUUGUUUCGCUCAUGGGCAGUCUCAUUGGAUGUCCUCUCGCGUUCCUACUGCCUCCAAUGAUCCACAACAACAUUGAUCCAUCACUUUCUAAAUCAAGAAGGGUCACAAAUAACAUUGUUUCAUUUCUGGGACUCUGUGCCAUGGUGCUGGCGUCUGUUACAACGAUCUUGACAUGGUAA